AUGGACUCUCCGAUAUUGCAAGCUGGCAAGCAUUACGAGGAAGAUCAGUUUGAGCAAUCUGGCUGGGAGUUGGUUUCGUCUUUGGGCAACCUCAGUGGCAGUCCACGCUUCGAGAUCACAUGGCGCGCUGUUGGGAUCAUGGUCUUGACAGCCUUUAUUGUGGGUGUCUGCAUCAUCUUGCUGGUGCUCGCCUGCCAAGGGGAAGUUUCGAAGCACAUCCCAGCAGACUUGCAGUCAAAGCAAGACAUGUGGUGCCUGUGUGGUGGAUCUGAACUCAAUGCGCAGAACGUUGACGAGUCCGUCAGCAAGUAUGUGUUUGGCCCCAUGAGGGCCGUGUUGGCAUGCUGCAGAGAGUACCAAACAGCAAUCUUUGAUGCUGAACAAGACGAGUGCAUGAAAGAUGUUCAGGGUUGUGUUGAUCUGGCAGAUCCGACCAUGCAACACCACGAGCUGUUCUGGAACACUGACCAGUGGAUGCCGACGCAGCAGUGCCUAACAAAUAUUUGUCCAAAUUUGGCCCCUUACUGCACAGCCCCAGAGGAUGAUCUAAAAUUUCAGGGUGCGCGAUUGAAUUGCAUACUCUAA